GCCCCGCAGCCGUCCCGUCUCCGCCAUGCUCGGGCUCUCUCUGCCUCCCAGGGAGCUGCGGCUGCUGUCGCUGCUCCCGCUGCUGCUGCCGCCUCCGUCCGGGGCAGCUGAGCCGGGGGACCGGGAGCGCAGCGAGCAGCUAGAAGCCGUCCGCAGCGCCAUCCUGAGCCGGCUCGGGCUGUCCGCGCCCCCGGACGUGCGCCCGCAGCUUCUCAGCUCCGCGGAGGUCCGGAGGCUGCAGCGCCGAUAUGAGGAGGCACUGACCCAGCUGCGGACCAACCAGAGCCUGGAGGCUACAGGCUCGGGCCGGAGUUCGCGUUCCCCUAGAGUCCCCAAGGUCCGGAUCCUGAUGCCUAAAUUGGAGCUCAGCCGGGACGCCCCCCACGAGCGCUUCCACCUGCUCCUCCACCGCAAGGCUCUGACUGCGGGGACCCCGGAGGAGCCGCGGGUCCUGCGCGCCCAGCUGCGGCUGUUUCUGCAGCCACCAUCCCCGCUGACCCCGACUGAGUGGGCCCCGUCGCCGCUAGAUGCUGCGCCCCAGACCCUGACGCUCGACCUGACGCGGCCGCUGCAGCGCUGGCUCCGGCGCCGUCCGGCUCCGGCGUCCCUGCUGCGGCUGCCGCUGGCUUUGCCUCCCAACGUGACCCGGGAGCUGCUCCGCCAGCCCCCGGGCCCGCGCGCCAGCCUGCGCGUGGAGCUCCAAGAGCUUCCCCGAGGGGCGCCCCGGCGGGCGCGAGCGCUGGAGCCCGACAAAGCCUGCGGAGAGGGAGGCGGGAGACGCUGCUGCGUCCGCUCGCAGCGCGUGUCUUUCAAAGAGAUCGGCUGGGACAGCUGGGUGCUGGCGCCCCGCGAAUUCGAGAUGCGCUUCUGCGAGGGCUCGUGUCCGCAGGGCUACCGGCCGGCCAGCAUGCACGCGCAGCUCAAGGCGCGCCUGCACCGCCUUUCCCCCGCCCUGACGGGCCCGCCCUGCUGCGUCCCCUCUGCCUACGAGUCCAUGGUGCUCAUGCACUACGGCAGUGACGGGCAGAUAGCCUUCACGCCCUACGAAGACCUGCUCCCCACGGGCUGCCACUGCGCCUGAGCCCCCCGGACCUGCGCGGUGGAAGGGACCGGUCGCUGGCGGCGUGGGAAGGGCUGGCAUCCGGCUGUCAAGCUGCCCAGCCUCCUACAUGGUCCCAAGCUCAUCUCCAGAUUUCGAAUCCGGAACCACUGAAGAAUAAAGCUGGGCUGGCCACCGUGGGCGCCUCUGUGGCCAAAGGAUGGAGCUGAAGGUGGCCCACGGUGUGAUGUUUCCUGAGAAGCAGCUGUUAUUUAUAGAAGCAUAUUUAUUGAUAAUUUAUUGAGGG